GCCAACAACGCGUCACGUCAAACCCGAGCAGCGGCCAAAUCGCGUCGACGUUAAGAGUUCUGCGGCGUCGGCGUCGCGACGCCCGCCUAGUCCUAAGUCUGCGGCGUAGCUCCCGCCGCCCCCGCGAAAAACCUGGCGAACGCUCGCGUCUGACUUGAUCGCACCCCCCUGUGUGUUCGUGUUCCAUCUCCCGGGGGCGGUCGAACGACCCUAAGGACCCCGACGGGAGAGAGAACAACUCGACUACACGACCUCGACUGAAGCGGAAGUCUUCGACGGGGAUGCCCGACUUUUGAUUCGUCGCAGAGGAUGGGAACAGGAGACAGGCUACUUGAUAUCCCGUGCAAGGUAUGCGGGGAUCGUAGCUCGGGCAAACAUUACGGCAUCUACAGUUGCGACGGCUGUUCGGGAUUUUUCAAGAGAAGCAUUCAUAGAAAUCGCGUCUACACGUGCAAAGCUCAGGGUGAUCUGAAGGGGCGCUGUCCCAUCGACAAAACGCACAGGAAUCAGUGCCGAGCCUGUCGUCUCACCAAGUGUUUUCAAGCCAGCAUGAACAAGGACGCAGUGCAGCACGAGCGGGGCCCCAGGAAGCCAAAGCCUCAUCUACACUUGUCUCAUCACCACCAUCACCACCAUCACCAACAACCGCCACCACCCCACGUGACGCAUCAUCCUCCGGGUCACCCAGCCACACCUGGACACCAUGGACCAGCGGCACAUUUGUUGACUCAUCACAGGAUCCUAAGGUGCGACCAGAAACCAUCGCCGUAUCCACCGCCGGUCUCGAUAUUGCAAAAAGCAAGCGAAGGAUCACCGCCCCCGGCACCUUUACCACCACCGCCUCCUCCGCCGCCCCCAAAUCUCUAUCACACAGCUGCUGUCAAUCUUGGACCACAGCCACCGCUUCUGCAAAUUCUUAUGUCCGCUGAAAAGUGUCAGGAGCUUGUAUGGAGUGCCAGACUUCAGCCAGAUGGAGAGGCGUCCCCAGACCAGACAGAAACCGAAGCAAGCCACAGUCCUCCCACAGGAGCCUUGCAAAGUCUCAGUCCAACAUGGGAAGUUUUACAGGAAACAACGGCGCGGCUGCUGUUCAUGGCAGUGAGAUGGGUUCGUUGCCUGGCCCCUUUUCAAACUUUAUCGAAAAACGACCAGCUUCUCCUACUUCAGCAGGCCUGGACCCAGCUUUUCCUACUCCAUCUUGCCCAGUGGUCGAUCUCCUGGGACAUAUCGGGACUCCUCGAGGGCGAACAGGUCCGGGGUCGUUUACCCCCUGGGGAUUCUUCGCACGAAGAACUCACGACGAUUCAGGAAAUCAUGUGCAGAUUCAGACAGCUUUCGCCCGACGGAAGCGAGUGCGGUUGCAUGAAAGCGGUUGUUCUCUUCACGCCAGAAACCAGGGGACUUCACGAGGGGCAACCGGUCCAGAUGCUUCAAGACCAGGCCCAGUGCAUUUUGGGAGAUUACGUGAGAUCGCGAUAUCCUCGUCAGCCAACAAGAUUCGGGAGGCUGCUGCUCCUGCUCCCGAGUUUGAGGGCUGUAAAUCCUUCGACCGUCGAACUCUUGUUCUUCCGGGAAACGAUCGGGGAAAUACCGAUCGCUCGUCUGCUCGGCGAUAUGUACCAAAUGGAGAGAUACUCGAAUUGAAAGUACCUAAUCGUAUUUCAUAGAAAAUCUGACGUGGCCAGAGGACUACUUUGACGUGUUUUUAUAUACUAACAAUAUUAAGUAUUAUGUUAUUUUCUGUUUAUCCCGCGAUAAGAUUGGCUAUUACCCAUAUUCAGAUAAUAUUGGGCUCUCUUAUAGGUAAAAUGUACAUAUAGGUAUAUGUAUGUUUUAUUUUAGUCGAUGUGUGAAGGAUCAUUGGUCGAACAAUAAUUCACCGAAGACUGUCGAUCCUUCCCACGAUGAAACGUUAUAGCUGUAAAGAAUGUAGGUGUAAAGUUUCAUGCAAACUGUGAAUAACAGCUGUCAGCAGAACGAUAAUGUGUCUCCGUUACUGUAAUACGUGACGAAGUACAGUCUGCGAGUUUCGUUAAAUAACCGCUAAAGAGAAAUUUGAAAAGAAACUUAGAAUGUAUCAGAAUAAUUAAGAAGAACUGUAAUAUUCAAGUGAUUGAGUCGUACGCAAAACUGAAUGUAGGUAUAUGGAGGCAAUUUUUAAUACAGUGAUAUGAAAAAAAAACAGCACCUUAUCUCAUUACAGAAGAUAAUUAGACUUAUUUCUCUUAAAUAUUCGUUGUAAAAUUGUGCGGAAGAUAUUUUGACCAGAGAAACUGUGCUCUAAUUGUCGUAUACCAAGUACACAUAUAGCUGCAUAUAUUUAUUGACACUUUUUUCAACAAUCUGUUACGUUUAUCCACAUAAAGAAAAAAUUUAUAUUUAAUUUGUUCCUAUUUGAACUCUCUGGUGCAAAUAACGGAGAAAUAGAAAAAAAAAAGAAGAAAUUCAUACAAUCGGAUCACGAUGAGCGCUGUCAAUAUCUGGCAUUAUAAAUCUACAUUUUAAUUAUCCGUACAUACCAACAAAUAUGAAAUACACAUUCUUGUCAAUAUAUGUAGUAUUGACUUUUGCAAUAUUGGGUCUGAAGUUGAUUAUAAAUUGCGUCAAGUAUGUUCAUCAUCACCUCAAACCCUCAAAAUGAGUAUCUUGUCUAUCGAAACGAAAGAAAACGGACAAAAAUACGUGAAACGAUAAGACUAUACAAGAGGAACAGUUCAACAUUGCUACUGCAUUGCCUUUCUUGUCAAAAAAUUAGGAAAAAUGCAAAAAUCUCAUGCUCGUGUUCGAAUCAUUUCGAUAUAUAAGAGACGAAUCACGGUAUAGUUUAUGCACGGACUUGCUAUAUUGCCACAGCUAUGGGGAUAUGUUGCAUCUUAUCUUAUCUUCGUGUCCGCCCAGUUAUGACGGCUACGUAUGGAUUUGAUAAUUCGAAAGCAAAUCGGUCGCACCAUCCCUAUCAAUCGUUAAAACUCAUUAAUCUUUACGCUAUAAUGGCCUGUAAUAUAUGUAUCGUUGUUCACUUGGUUACAAUGUUUUUUCAAUCGUUUGAAAAAUAUUCUCACUUUCUUAGUCGCUUACAUUUGUAAAACACUUGGGAAAUGUCGGGCAGAUGUAAUAUAUGGGUAAUAUUUAUCGUGAAAAUUGAAUUGAGAAUUUUUCAUGCAGUAUUAUAGUAUUAUAAUAUAUAGAUAUACAGUAUUAUAUAUCUAGGUGUAUGUAUGAAAAUUCGUUAGCAAAGUAUUUUAGCGAUUUCCCAACUGUGAUACGUCAUGCAACCCCUUUCAUUCGUCGUGUGCAAUAAGAGUAACGAAAAAAAGAAAUAAUAUAUGAAUAAUAAUGAUUAAUACCCGUAAGUAUCAAUGAGCGGUAAUUGAUUAUAUAGUCGGGAUUCAUGUGAUUAUACAUAAUAUCGAAGGAAAGUUGACACAAAUCGAGCAAACGUACUUUAUUUAUAUCGCUUAUUGCCGCAUCUGUGCACUUUUACUUGUGUACGCAUUCCACUAACUAUAAGCACACUGUUGUUCUUCGUUGAAUAUUUUUAAACGAGGUUUCACACCGGUUGUACAAAUUUCCAAGUAAAGUUUUCACAAAUUUCGGCCGAAAUCAGCGAAAGCAAACUUCAAAAGGUACGACAAAAUUUGUUUAUAAAUUAGUCUUGAUGUCAAGUGUAACGUUUGUCGAUAUUUCCAGGAAUACGUCUCGAAACGGCGUUCUCAAAUCUUCUGAAUUUCUCUCUUAUCACUGUUUAACUCCGUAAAUUGAAAUAAAAUUAAAUAUAAUAUAUUCAAAAUGCGAGAUAACUGUUUCUUCAAUAACUCGUAAGUUUAUUCAUACGGAACAUUAAUCGUUCAUCGUGACACGAAGACUGUAAACGGUAAAUCUCGAUAAACGACGGUAAAUUGAAUAAAAUUUACGUUACUUAAUAAUACAUACAUACAAUGUUACGUGUACAUACUGUAAAGUAGCUGUAAAAUGUUUCUGCUGUAAAUCGGAACAAUGUGUAUAAAUGUAUUACGUAUUCAUAUACAUAUGAUAUAAUAUACAUGCUUACUAUUAUCUUAAGGCGAUUCAAUUCCCGAUUAUGAUUAUGCGCUAUUCAUUAGGUUCGGGAAACAGAAAAUAAUAAAUAAAUGCAAGAAACGUAUGAAUCUAGUGCGAACACUUGGCAGUAAAAAUAUGUCUUAGGGUAUUGUUAGAUGUGUUAAUAACAAAGACACACUGUUUAAUUUCGAACCAUUUUAAUAAUCCACUCAACAUAGGCGAUCAUUUAUAAACACAAUAUUUAUACUCAGUAUUCAUUUCACGUUUUUACAAAUGUACAUUACAGGCUCACUUGUAAUGCUUACCAACUAAUCAUAAGUAUGUAUAAAGUUUAAAAGGAAUAAUUCAACAGUUUCUUUUGGAGUAUGUGAAUCGAAACUGCUGCAUGCAAAUUAUGAUAUAAGUUGGACAACGGAAGCUCAACAUCUUACCUCAAACAAACGACUUCAACUCUGACUAAAAAUGGAUACUAGUUGUUCAUUUUAAAUGUUCUGCAAACUUUUCCUACGUCCGAUGCUGACGCAAGAAUAGAAGCUAAUCUUAUCAGCUGAUUGCGAUUUAUCGGAUUUCUAAGAAUAUUAGUUCACGAUCACGCCCCCUGUAUUAUCAACUCAAGGAAACAAAAUAUUUUACAUUUAAUAAUACAAGUUUUGUUUAUUUCAAGUGACAUAAUCAUGUAGAACCAUAGAAAUUGAAGACCAGAAUUAAUGUACGAGUUUACCAUUUCAACUUGGUUCUCCUCUAAUAACGUCUCUUCGCAUUGUAGCGAAUUGUGUCUCCAGUUCUCAUUCUCACCCAUUAUGGUAUGGGCUGGUUCUGUUUCAAUUUCUUGGCAAGCUUUCGCUUGAUAACAAAUGUCUUGUGAGUCGACAUGUGUCGGUAGCUCCAACAAAACGGCUUACUAAUACGAUACAUUAUGGAAGAUUGCCAUGAAACAAGUUUGAAAAAUUAUAUGAAAA